UAUCUUGCCCCAAAGAGCAAAGAUGGCCGGGUCCUUCGUCCUCAACACCGGCGCAAGGAUGCCAUCGGUCGGCCUCGGCACAUGGCAGAUAGAGCCUGAUGUUGUCGGCGACGCCAUCUACGCUGCUGUCAAGGCUGGAUAUCGGCAUAUUGAUUGUGCUCCAGUGUACCGCAACGAGAAACAGGUUGGUUUCGCUUUGAAGAAACUAUUUGAGGAUGGUGUGGUUAAGCGUGAAGAUUUGUUUAUCACCUCUAAGCUAUGGUCUGGUGAUCAUGCACCUGAAGAUGUUCCAGAGGCAAUUGACACUACUCUUAAAGAUUUGCAGCUUGACUUCUUAGAUCUGUUCCUCAUUCAUGCUCCAAUCCGUAUAAAGAAAGGGACUACGCCGAGCCAUGAAAACAUUCUCCCACCUGAUAUUCCUGCUACAUGGGAAGCGAUGGAGAAGCUAUACGACUCUGGCAAAGCUCGAGCAAUUGGUGUGAGUAGCUUCUCUUGCAAGAAGAUUGAGGAUUUGCUUGCCAUUGCACGUGUGCCUCCAGCAGUCAACCAGGUUGAAUGUCAUCUGAUUUGGCAGCAAGACAAGCUCCAAAAACUAUGCCAUUCGAGGGGUGUUCAUCUUUCUGCAUUUUCGCCAUUAGGUUCGCCUGGAUCAUCUCUACCUGGGGUCAGUGGGGCUAUCGUCCUUAGCAAUCCUAUUGUCAUCUCUGUUGCUGAGAAGUUGCAGAAAACGCCUGCUCAGGUUGCCUUACGCUGGUGUCUUCAAAUGGGUCAGAGUGUACUUCCAAAAAGCACCAAUGAAGCAAGGAUUAAGGAGAACUUUGACAUAUUUGAGUGGUCCAUUCCUGAAGAUUUAAUGGCAAAGUUCUCCGAAAUCAAACAGGCAAGGUUGAUGAAAGGGGAAUUUGCGGUUCACCCUCUAAGCGUUUACAAAACCUUGGAGGACCUUUGGGAUGGCGAAAUUUAAAGCAGAUGAAGUUUUCUAGAGUGAACAAACUGAAUGAGCUGAAGGCACUGCAUAUCCGCAGUAUGCCUUGUGUGUUUAAACAAAGUUAAUUGUUUUGAAGAUAUUUUUCAUUUCUCUCUUGAACUUCUGGUAAUGUAAUAAUAUUUGCCAUUUAUCAGAGAAAAAUCCGAAAGGAAUCGCUCUGCUGUUUAUUUGAAGUAUUGUAUUGUUUCUCAAAGGAGUCUGCCUAAGGAUGCAUCAUGCUA